UACUAAUCUUUUAGAAGCUAAUUUUCAUACUUCUACUCAUAGUUCUAUAAUUCCUCCUACUGAUCUAAUUAACCAAGAGUCUGACACUAAUAGUAUCAAUGAAUUAGUGUUAUCUAGAACCCCUUCUUAUUUAACUGAAGAACAAGAACAAAUUCAUUCUUCUAUCUCAGAAACUAUUAUCAACGUAGAGCAAGAAAAUUUAUUUGAUAACAACAACAAUCAAGUUGAAUAUAUUCCUAUAUAUCCAGUUAUAGACAAUACUUCUAUUGUAAAUUAUUGGGAAGCAGACCAACUUCAAGAUAAUAGUGAGAUUGACCCUUGGAACCCUACAACCGGCUUACAAUUUAGACAAGUUCCACUUCUUAAAGAUACUGUAUUACAACUUCCUAGAGGUUUUUCUAACCAACAACCUUGGAAUCACAAUCAAAGUCAACCUAUUUUACCUACAGGCUCUGACUACACUCAAGUCCAUACUAUUGAUUAUACAACUUAUUUGCUAAUAACGAGUUUGCAG